GACCGGCGCGGUGACGUCUAAACAAGGCCGGCGACAUCGAUAGCGGCGGCACGUGCAAGUAGUCAAAAAACGACGAGAUGCCGAUCCGCGCAGCCUGGGGUGGUUCCUCGUCGGCCGCGUGCCCCUUGGCGGCGGGCUGCCUGCUACUCGCGCUGCUACUGCUGCAGCAGCCCAGCGCUGUGGAGCCGGCCAAGCGACUGGACUGCCGGGCUUUCUGCCGCCUCACGGGCUUCCGCUUCAAUGCGGGCCUCUGCAAGUGCGGCUACAUGCUAUUCGCCAGCAAGCGCUCGCAGCAGCCCACUCUGACUGCGGGCUACCUAGGCGGAGGCCAGGAUCCAAGUGAAGGUGGCGGAUACCGGAACAUACCGCCAGCUGACCGGUUCCAGUAUGAAGUCGCGGUUCCUUCACCCCUUGGGCGGCACUCAUCUGGCAGCAGUCAGGCUGUGUACGGAAGCCACCCUGGGUCGCAGUCCACUGACUCAGCCGACCCUGCCCACGUAACGGCGGCCAGGGCUGCUGCCGCGGCUCUCCUGGGACACAAGCCCGACGUUGGCCCUGACACGGAUGACUCUUAUUACCGCUGAUUGAGACUCGGGAACGUCAAGGGGAACUGAUAAGAGGCCUCGUUCAUCGAGGACCUGUAUCAAAAAGCAAGCCCUAUGAGCUGAUAGGCUUCACCAAUAUCUAGCGUGUGAGAAACUUGGAUUGAGAUUGACCACAUUGAGCAGUGGAUGAUUCCAUUCCAAAUCUUCCAUCUUGCAGUGAUAGCAUUGUCCACCAGUGCUCAAACGUGCCCUCAAGCCAACAUGUUCGCUCCGAAUGUCAUUUGUGAAAUAAAACGCAAGCAAAAAAAUUUUAAGCACGUUCUCACAGUAA